AUGCGCGAGUUGUACGUGGCAGAAUGCAUGGCGGUUUGUUAAGAAAAAUUGAUACGCUCUAUUGACCAGAGUUCUUCAGGAAAAAGCUCAAUUGGAAGUAGAGACAGAUUGCCGAAAGUUAAUUGCAGACAACUACGAAGAAGUGCACGCACAGGCUCAAGAGUACUCAAAAAAAGUGGAAGCACCUAUCCUGGUUUGAAUUCAUCUGAGUAAACCAACCAACGAUGUCAUUUCAGGCCAAAAUUUGCGAAGUCGGCUACUUCUGCGAUGCUCACGUUGUUCGAACCAACGUCUUAACAUUAGAGCUGGGAUCGGAAUUUUUUGUGGAAUGCAGUGUGCAAAACGCCAAAAAGAUCGUUGCUCGGAGGGCUGCAGAAAUGAGGAAGCAACGUGAAGACGGACUGGAAACUAUUCGACUAUUGAACGAGAAGAUCAAGUUUGCUGCGGAGAACUUCUCGUCCGUGAAAGUAGACGGAGGACCGUUGGAAAUUGUUGAGAAGUACGACGAAGAAAUGGAGAAACGGUUUUACGAUAACAGAAAGAAACGAAAAGAAGAACAAGCAAACGGAAUCGGUAAAAAGGAGGAUGAGAAAAGCGCGGAAGAUAAGAAGGCCGUUGAACUGAUGAACCGUCUGGAUGAGUUGGAACUACUGGAAGAAACGAACGCUGAAAUCGAAAAAGUUAUUCGGGAGGAAGUUCCCGUUCCGAAGCCGUUCGAAAUGUCUGCUGAAGAUCUCGUUGAUAUAGUAGAAUACGAGGAAGACGAGGAGAAACAGAAGGAGAUAACUCAAAGAUUGUUGGCGCAGCCGGGAGUCUCGCAGAAGGAGAUGGAAGCACUUUUGAAGUAUUUGGAUGAGUGUGAUCAGAGUUCGGACGAAGAUAAUGAAGAAGUGGAAGAAGAAGAAGAAGAGCAACAAAGGGUUGAAGAGUUGGACUCUGAUGACUACGCUUCUGAUGAAGACGUCGAGAAAGUGAUUGAAAAAAAAGAGGUGAGAUUAAAGUUUACAUUUUGUAGUAUUAUUUAAUGUCUCAGAUUGUUGACGUGGCCCUUCCGAGAAAGAAAUCGGGAGUCCGAUUCUCUCAUCAAUUGGAAGAAGUGAAGACAUUCCGCCACACCGACACCAUCGAGCUAAAGGAAGAGUCUCCGAUCGAAACCAAAUCAAUACUUCGGAACACUGAGCCAACCCCUGUCGAUCGUUCGGCCCUGGAGCCCGAGCAGAAAGAGCUGGCCGCCAUGAGUGCGGUGUCUUUUCCAGGGGAGAUUGUGGAGAAGAAUCCGUACGAGUGUCAGCCGUCGACGAGCAAGGAUCCGGCUCCCGUGAUUACCGAGAAGAAAGUUUCCAAGUUCAGAGCCUCGCGCAACAAAAACUGA